UCCUUGCAGAAUUAGCAGAAGUGUCCCAGCACUGCUCAGCCAGGAUGGGAUGGGAAGCUAGACUUCCAAAAUCUAUAGCAGUAUUACAGUGCCUAGUGCCAAGAUGGUGGUCCUUUCCAAGGAAUAUGGCUACGUGGUCCUGACUGGUGCUGCUAGUUUUGUCUUGAUCACACACCUUGCAGUGAAUGUGGCAAAGGCUCGCAAAAAGUACAAUGUAGAGUAUCCAAUCAUGUAUAGCACAGACCCUGAUAAUGGACAUCUCUUCAACUGCAUCCAGCGUGCACACCAGAACACGUUGGAAGUUUACCCCGCCUUCCUGUUCUUUCUAGCUACAGGUGGAGCCUAUCACCCGCGUGUUGCUGUUGGGCUUGGCCAUGCCUGGAUCAUUGGGAGAAUACUGUAUGCCUAUGGCUAUUACACAGGGGAUCCCAAAAAGAGAAGACGAGGAGGUAUUGGUUCAAUCGCACUUAUUGGAUUAGUGGGAAACGCUCUGUAUUCAGCCCUUCAGCACCUCGGCUGGGUUGCCAUCGAGUAACUGACCUGCAGAUACCUGUGCUCUCCCUGGAAAAUCUUAUGUUUACUUUUUUUUUUUUUUGGUGGGGUGGGGAGCAGUUCCAAUAAUACAAUCCUUAACAUCCA